AUUUUCACAAAUCGUAAUAUUCGAAUGGAUAGAAUUAUAAUAUGAACAAAUCUAUUUUAGAUAUAAAAAUCAAAUUUAGAAAUGAAACUUUUGAAAAUUAGGAUAUUUCUUUUUUAAAAAAUUUAUUCAACAUUAAAUGUGUCCAUUUAAUUCGAAGCGGUUUUUUGAAGAUUUCUUAUAGUCAUUUUCAAUAGUUCAAUUAUAUAAUUAUUUUUUUUUUUUAAAAAAAAUGUUGAAAUAAUAGGAAUGAAUCAAUAUGAAAAGACAAAAUGUUCGAACACUUUCAUUAAUUGUAGUAACAUUUACUUAUUUAUUACUUGGUGCAGCUAUAUUUGAUGCAUUAGAAUCAGAAUUUGAAAUAAGUGAAGAUGUACGCUUAAAAGAAAAUGCUGAAAUUUUACGUAUUAAAUAUAAUAUAACAAUUGAUGAUUUUGAAAAAAUUACACAAUUAGGUAUACAAAUGAAACCAUAUAAAGCGGGAACUCAAUGGAAAUUUGCUGGAGCAUUUUAUUUUUCUACAACAGUUAUCACUACUAUAGGUUAUGGUCAUAGUACACCGAAAACAUUUGGUGGUAAAAUAUUUUGUAUGUGUUAUGCUUUACCUGGUAUACCAUUAUGUCUUAUUAUGUUUCAAAGUAUUGGUGAACGUAUGAAUACAAUUAUUACAUAUUUAUUAAAAAAAUCAAAUCUUAUGUGUAAAAUACAUAAACUUAUUUCACAAACACAUUUAAUGAUUGUUAGUUUUACAAUUGGUUCAAUUGUAUUAACUAUUGGUGCAAUAGUAUUUUCACGUUAUGAAGAUUGGGAUUAUUUAGAUUCAUUUUAUUAUUGUUUUAUAACAUUGACUACAAUUGGUUUUGGUGAUUUUGUUGCAUUACAACGUAAUAAUUCAUUAGCUAAACGUCCGGAUUAUGUUGCAUUUAGUUUAAUAUUUAUAUUAUUUGGUUUAACUGUAGUUAGUUCAGUUAUGAAUUUAUUAGUUUUAAGAUUUUUAACAAUGAAUACUGAAGAUGAAAAACGUGAUCAAUUAGAAGCAGCUGUACAUGCACAAGAAUUACAACGUUUACGUGGUGAUGUAAUAUGUGCUGAUAAACAAAAUGAAUUACAAACAUCAUUAUUAACACAACAAUUACAAGGAGAUGAUUAUGAAAGAAAACAAUUAAAUAAUUAUCAUAAUUAUAAUCAUUCAACUUAUCAACAAAAUAUCAAUCAUAAUAUUAUUAAUUGUAAUCAUAUUAUGUCAUUAUCAAAUUCAAAUUGUUUCAUAAAAACAUCACCACCACCACCACCAUCAUCAUCAUCAUCAUCAUCAUCGUCAACAACAACAACAACAAUAGCAAUGACGUCAACAGUCAAUAAUUGUUUACUUCUUAAUCGUCAUACUGAUACUUAUCAUAUAAAUUCAAAAAAUGAAAAUUUAACUAAAUUUAAAUUUUGUUUAAUUUGUUUAAAAAGGUUUCAUCCAUUAUCACAAUCAUUAGCAUCAUUAUCAUCACCGGGUAUUUUAAAUUCAUCUUUGACUACAGUGAAUGAUAAUUCACAUGAAAAUAUGUUAAAUAAACCAAUUUCUACAAAUAAGACUACUGCUACUACUAGUAUUACCUAUAUUAAUGAUAAUAAUAAUAAUAAUAAUAAUAGCAAUAAUAAUAACCCAUUCUUAAUAAACUGUGUAACUGGUUGUCAGAAUGAACAGUCAACUACACGUCAUCCAAUUCUAAUCUAUGAUGAAAUCUGUCAAAAUGUUUCUUCGAAUUUACAUCAAGAUAAUUGUUCAAGUGAAUUACUGAAUUCAUCAAAUUCUCUUCAAUAUGAUUUAUGUUGUAGAAAUCGUUACAUCUAUCCAGAUUAUAUAAAUUCAUAUCGUUAUAAUCCAUAUCAUUCUUUUCACGAUUCUAAAUAUUCUCCGUUAAUAAUACAACGAUGUUCAGUUGAUAAUUGUAACUGUACAAAUGAAAAACUACGAAAUCAUCAGUAUUUCAUUUCUCCUGAAGAAUAUUUAGUAGAUAAUCGGCAACCAGAAAUUAUAGAAGGAAAUGAAACAAUUGAGAGUGAUAAUCUGUCCGAAAAUAAGAGUAGUUCGUUUAAUGAUAUCGAUUUAAUCCAAUCCCAUUUUCAUUUGAUGUCUUCUUUUAAGCCGCAUACUUAUGAUUUCACUUCACCGGGUCAUUUCAGUUUGCCUGGUAGGCAUAAAAAUACUAAUGAGGUAAUGUCUACUCCAGUACAUUCCUCUUUAGUUGCUCAUGUUUUAAAAUCUCAUAAGCAUAACUUUAAUAAUCAAUAUAUUCUACCUCCAAGACAGUCUUUAAACAGUCAACCACCAUUAUCAUCAGGAGGCGAGACGAUACAUCCAUUGUUAUCUUUAUCAAAGCAUCAUCAUAUGGAUGUACUCAAAUCUAAUCAGCCAUUAAUAAAUCCGUUUCCAUUAGAAUUUUUAAAUUCACGAUCAAACGAAAAUGAAAUAGUCCUUAACUCAGUCCCAUAUUUUCAAUGCAAACGGUAUCCUAGAGUUCAUCAGGAACAACAGAUGAGAACGAAUGAAACGAAUGAUUAUGGCGAAGGAAGCGUUGAUUUUGACAAAGAAUACAGUAACAAGCGUCCUAAUCCACAUUAUUAUCAUGAUGAUAUAUUACUAACAAAUGAUGUAAGUAGCAUCGAUGAUGAGAUAAAAUUUUCUGCCGAUUCAUCAAUUUUUGAAGUCGGUCAGUCGGUGUCUACAAAAAGAUCUGCUUCUGUUUGAAGAAUAGGAGAACAAUUCAAUCAAACAAAUAUGUAGUCAUACUAUUUUCUUGUAAAAAAAUUCAGACUAUUAACAUUAUGGAAUGUGAACAUGAUAAUUAGAUAUCUUUUUAUGAUUUUAUGUAAUUGUUACAUUUUAAAAUAAACUAUUAAGCUUUCAGGUUAGACAAUAUAUCAUUCUCAGAAUAAACUUUAUUAUAA